UCCUACGUCAAUGGAACGGGCCUUUCAUCGUCCAUUAACCUGAAGGAAAUGGAGCAACAGCAGAAUCAAGAACUUAUGGAUCAGCUGGAAAAAGAGAAAAAAGAAUAUCAGCAAAAGUCGAUGAAGGAACAGGGAGCCUUACGGGAACAACUACAGGUUCACAUUCAGACCAUAGGGAUCCUAGUAUCUGAGAAGUCGGAUCUUCAUUCGGCCCUCUUCCACACUCAACGGGCAAUCAGGCAGAAAGAAGGCGAGUCCGAGGACCUUGCCAGCCGCCUGCGCUCUUCCUGGCAGCGCAUAGGAGAUUUGGAGCGGACUCUGUCUGCUGUCUCCACGAAACAGAAGCAGGUGGACAAGGAUAACAAGGAGUUAACCAAAGAGCGAGAUGCUCUCAAGAUGGAAUUAUACAAGAACAACAAAAAUAAUGAGGACCUAAAGCAGACGAACUCAGAACUGGAAGAGAGGCUUCGCUUGCUAGUGUCUGAGAAGGCGGCCCUGAAACAUCAGUUUGACGAAAUGCAGAAGAAGCUGGACUUUUCCGAGCUCCUGCUGCUGCAGUUCACUACCCCGACCGAAGCCCAUAAUAGCAGCCUGCAGUUACAGCAGAUCUUGGAGGAUCGGGAGAAGCUGGAGAAACGUGUGGCCGAGCUUACGGAGAAGAUGAAACGAUUACAGAUGGACAGAGACCAUUAUUUAGAGAUUCUGAAAGGAGAUACUGCCAUGUGGCAGGAGAAAAUGCACGAAAUGUCAGAAAAGAUGCGCAUACUGAAGGAGGAAAAGGAGCACAGUGUGACUCAGGUGCGGGAGCUAGAGGCCAGUUUGGCUGAACUGAAGAGCCAGAUAGCUGAACCCCGACCCCCGGAGCCCCCAGCAGGGCCCUCCGAGACCGAGCAGCAGCUACAGGCAGAAGCUGAGCAGCUGCAAAAGCAGCUGGAAAGCCUGGAAGGACAGCUGCAUGCCCAGUUACAAGAAAAUGAGAGUUUGAGUCAACAGAACCUGGAGCAGUGGCAGCGGCUGCGGGUGCUGGAGCAGCAGGCCGAACUCUGGGGGAACCAGACAGAAGAGCGCAAGAAGAUCCUGGAGACCAUAGAGAACGACCGUGCCACCAUCAGUCGUGCGGUCUCCCAGAACCUUGAGCUCAAGAAGCAGCUGGCCGAGCUGCAGGACGGCUUUAUCAAAAUGAGCAAUGACAAAAUGGAGAUUGCUAGUGCACUGCACUCAGAGCAGCAUGUGAAGAUGGAGCUGGCUAAGAAGCUGGGCCAGCUACAGGAGAAGCUGGGAGAGCUGAAGGAAACGGUGGAACUGAAGAAUGACGAGGCGAAGAGUCUGCAGCAGGAGCGCGAUCAGUACCUGCUCUAUGUCCAGCAGCUGAUUUCGGAGAGGGAGACUCUACACAGGGAGCUCCUGCAGCAGACCCAGGCCAUGGAUCAGCUGCAGCAAGAGAAAGCUCAGGGCGCAAUGGUGGCCGAGAGGGCCCACCAGGAGUUGCAGGAGACCCAGGAGCUCCUAGAAGCUGCCAGCCAACAGAACCAGCAGCUCCAGGCCCAGCUGAGCCUAAUGGCUGACCCUGGGAAGGAUGGAUUGGACAAGGAGGGAGCAGAGGAGGAGGAGGGACCUGACAAGGAGGAGAGAGUGGAGGACACUCCUGGCAAGGAGGAGAUACCUGACAAAGAGGACAUUCCUGGCAAGGAGCAGAUACCUGACAAGGACAUACCUGACAAGGACACUCCUGGCAAGGAGCAGAUACCUGACAAAGAGGACACUCCUGGCAAGGAGCAGAUACCUGACAAGGACAUACCUGACAAGGACACUCCUGGCAAGGAGCAGAUACCUGACAAAGAGGACACUCCUGGCCAGGAGCAGAUACCUGACAAGGACACUCCUGGCAACGAGCAGAUGCCUGACAAGGACACUCCUGACAAGGAGCAGAUACCUGACAAGGACGCUCCUGGCAAGGAGCAGAUACCUGACAAGGACGCUCCUGGCAAGGAGCAGAUACCUGACAAGGACGCUCCUGGCAAGGAGCAGAUACCUGACAAGGACGCUCCUGGCAAGGAGCAGAUACCUGACAAGGACGCUCCUGGCAAGGAGCAGAUACCUGACAAGGACGCUCCUGGCAAGGAGCAGAUACCUGACAAGGACACUCUUGGCAAGGAGGACACACCUGGCAAGGAGGCGGGAGCGGAUGAGGAGGCUGCUAGGCCCAAGCCGGGCAUCCCGGAGGACCUAGAGAGCCGAGAAGCCAUGGUGACAUUUUUCAGCUCAGCUCUGGCCAGUGCUGAGGAGGAGCAGGCCCAGCUGCAUGGGCAGAUGAGGGAACAGAAGGUGCGCUGCUCGGCUCUCCAGGCAGGCCCUGGCCCUGGAAUUGGGGGCGACAUUGUGUCUGGGGAAACCUACCGGGCCCUACAGGUGGACAUGGAGAAGCUUCAGAACCGGUUUGUAGCACUCAUGCAGGAGAAGGUGGAUCUGAAAGAGCAAGUGGACGAGCUGGAACAUCGCUGUGUCCAGCUGGCUGGAGAGACAGAAACCAUUGGGGAGUAUGUCAUACUGUACCAAUAUCAGAAAGCCGCACUGAAGAAGCAGCAGCAUGAGAACGAGGAGUAUGUUCGUCAGAUGGCAAGGGAGAAGGAGGAUAUGAAGGCAAAGAUGCUGGAGCUGCAGGGGCUGAUGAUGCAGCUGCUAAACCAGCGCGACAAGGACCACAGCCAAGUCCUGCCAGACACCCACAGCGCUGCGGAGGAGCCCACUCCAGGGCCCUCAGCCCUCCAGGAGCUUGGAGCUCACAAGCAGGGGGAUUUUUAUGAAGUGAGCCUCGCCGACAAGGAGCCCGCACAAAAAGUGCCCAGGAGGGGGUCUGGUCCUGAGAACCACACUGUUCAGCAGAUCAUGGAGCUGCUUCAUGACAUGCAGUACCCCCAUGACAAGACGGCCUUGGGCGUCAACCCCUGCCUGCCCUUAUUCUACCGGAAUAAGGCAAAGAACCAAUUCAAGGUCUGGAUGGCCUGAAAGUCUUACAGUGUCAGCAAGGCUUGGAGAAGUGGUGCUGCCCCCAUCCCACCCUGCCACUCCCAGUCAGCCUUUUCUCCUUAGAUUCAAGAUAAGACCCCUUCCACCUAGGCCAGGACUAAGACCUAAUUUUUGGAUUAUUUUCAAGUGACCAUCGUAGCAGUAUUU